AUGGUUGAGCUGGAUUUUUCUUCUACGGGAACCGUUCCUGAAAAUGGGGUUCCUGAUAUGACCUGCCUCACUGUUCUGGAUGAAGAAGUUAUUAACAAAAAUCUCAAAAUUCGCUAUGAGAACGACAUAAUAUAUACAUACACUGGCACCAUUCUAGUUGCAGUUAAUCCCUACAAGGACAUUGACAUUUACUCCCAGUAUUAUGUACAUACAUACCAUGACACAAAGAUGCGAGACGUGGAACCCCACGUGUUCGCUAUGGCCGAGGCUGCAUACGCUUCCCUCCAAACUGACAACCCCGGAAAGAAUCGUAACAACCAAAGUUUAGUGAUAAGUGGUGAGAGCGGUGCAGGCAAAACAGAAUCUACUAGGUUCAUUCUUCAGUAUCUAUGUUCUGUGACCAGUGGAGUUUCCACCUGGGUGGAGCAGCAGAUUCUGGAAGCCAAUACCAUUUUGGAAGCUUUUGGCAAUGCAAAAACAGUCAGAAACGAUAAUUCAAGUAGGUUUGGAAAAUUUAUGCAAGUGUGUUUUGAUUCGAGAUGGAUGAUUGCAGGAUGUAUAGUGCAAGAUUAUUUAUUAGAACAAUCUAGGAUUACCUUUCAAGGAUCAGGAGAAAGGAAUUACCAUGUAUUUUAUCAACUAGUUGAAGAAGCCAAGUACAAUCAAGAAUUAGCUAAACAGCUCCACCUAAAAGAUGCCAAAUUUUAUAAUUACCUAAACCAGUCGGACUGCUUAAAAAUCGAGGGAGACUCAAGAAGACUUGAUAGUUUAAUGUUGGCCUUUAACGUACUGCAAGUACCUGCGAACAAAUGUAACGGAAUAUUUCAAACGUUGUCUGCCAUUUUGUGGUUGGGCAAUUUGACAUUCGAAGACAUCGACGGAGAGCGAUGUCAAUUGACCAAAGAGGAUGAAAGUAUCAUAGAUACUUUAUCCAAAUUGUUAGGAUUAGAAGUAGAUCAUAUUAGGCAAGUCGUGUUGAUUAGACAGAUCAAUGUACGGGGGAAUAUUACUGAAAUUCCGCUUAAACUGCAAGAGGCAAGGGAGAAUCGCCAUGCGAUGGCAAAGGCCCUUUAUUCCCGUACAUUUGCAUGGUUAAUAAAUCACAUAAACAACUGCACAAAUCCAGGUCAAGAUUCGACGAGAUUUAUAGGCGUUUUAGACAUAUUUGGAUUCGAGAAUUUUGCCGUCAAUUCGUUUGAACAAUUGUGCAUUAAUUACACCAACGAAAAAUUGCACAAAUUUUUUAAUCAUUACGUUUUUGCAUUGGAACAAGAAAUAUAUAUUCAAGAAGAAAUCCAAUUUAAUCAUAUAGCGUUUACCGAUAACACUUUGUGUCUGGAAUUAUUAGAAAAACCACCUAGAUGCGUUUUAAGACUGUUAUCUGAACAGUGCCAUUUACCAAGAGGUUGUGAUGCUUCGUAUAUUUCUAAUCUUCAUUCGGAAUUUGAAAGUCAUGAGCGAUAUGUCAAAGGUGAAGAUAGGCGAAAAUGGGAAACUGAGUUUGGAAUCAAACAUUACGCUGGCUGUGUAACUUAUAAUGUUAAGGGAUUUGUAGACAAGAAUAGAGACGUUCAACAGGAUGUAUUUUUUGAUAUUCUUUCUAGAAGUAGUAAUGAGUUCGUUCAGGAAUUGUAUACAUUUCAAGAUCCUUCCAACACUUUAACACAGAAAACGGUUGUCAAUGGAGUUUCUACAGUGUCCAGAGGUACGAGCAAGGGAAAACCUACAGUUUCAGAUACGUUUAGACACCAACUUCAAGCUCUUGUUGAUGUACUUCAGUCGACAACUCCAUGGUACGUUCGAUGUAUUAAACCCAAUAAGCACAAGGUAGCUGAUAGCUACGACGAUCAGCUAGUGUUAGACCAGCUUAAAUAUUUAGGAAUGUUAGACAUUAUAAGAAUAAGAAAAGAGGGCUUCCCCAUUCACAUGAGCUUCGAAGAUUUCGUGAUAAGGUACCAUUGCCUUUCCAAGAACCGUUUACCUCCAGACAUGCUAAAAGCUUGUCUGAAUCUUAUAGAAAGUCACAACGUACCAAAAACGGAAUGGCAGUUAGGGAAAACGAAAGUUUUCAUGAGACCCCACGUCCACGAACCUUUAGAAGAAGCCAGAAAUAAACUGGUUAGAUCUCGGGCUAUUCUCAUUCAAAAAACGUACCGAAUGUAUGUAAAAAGAAAAGAAUUUAUAAAAGUUCGGAAUGCCAUACUAAAUAUUCAACAUGCAUAUAAAGGUUGGAAAUUGAGAAUUGAUUUCUUGAGGAAACGAAGGGCGGCCGUUGUUAUACAGAGCCACUUGAGAGGAGCUUUUGCUAGGGAAGUAGCAGCUGCUUUGAGAGAAAUGAGGCGAGUAGAAGAAGAAAUGAGGAAACGAGAAAAAAUGGAAGAAGAAAGGAAGCAAAGAGAAGCUGAAAGGGCAGAAAGGAAAAGAAAAGAAGAAGAUGAAGCCAGACGAUUAAUAGAAGAAAACAAAAUGAAUGAUCUUCCACCUCCGCCAUCAUUUGCUCAAGAAACUGAAGAUUUGGAAAGAAGCGAAAAAGCUGCAGAACAAGAAAUAGCAGCACUUUCACAGAUGGCUGAACAACUUAAACACAAUAGACCUGAACUUCCCACAGAAUCGGUCGAUUUAGACAACUUAUUUGCGUUUCUGUCUGAUGUACAACCAAAUAAUCGCAAUCAUAUUAUUGAAGAAAUUGGUGAAAAAAUGGAUGAGUUGGUAGAAGAUUUAGAUGUUGAAUUGGAAACGGUCAUUCAACAAGAACUGGAAGGACUUGCUCAAGAACAGCAACUACCUACGCCUCCUAAAAUGGGUCUUCCUACCCUUCCAGAACCUACAGGGCCGCCACCACCACCUCCUCCAAUAGAUUUUCAAGUAAAUCCAGAGCCUCCACCGGUUUUGGUUGAAGUAGAGAUAAAAACUAACAACGAUGAGCCAAUCUAUGAGGCAGUGUUGCCAAGAGAGGAGCCUGUACCUGUUUGCGUAUCUCCCCCUCCACUUCCAGCACCACCUAGUCGCUUAGCUUCUGAAUCUCCUAAGCCUACUCCUCCGAUAUCUAGAUCAAACAGUGGCGUGCACCCUACCUGGAGGUAUUCUCAGGAGCACCCACAACAAAUUCCUCAGCUUCAAGAUAUUCCGAACAUAGAGCGAGAACAAAGACGUAAAUUCCGCGUAGAGAAAAAACUACAAGAACUCAACGAAAAUAACGAAAAAGAAAACGUAACUGUCGAAGAAGUGCAUUUUGAUAUGGUGGAAUUUGCAAAUAGUUACUUUAACGCGCAUGAAAGGAGUCCCGAGGGUACGAUAAUGGCGACGUUGACGAGAAAACGGCAAAGUUCUGAAAUGAUACCGAAAAGUGAAAUGGUUUCUUUCUAUAAAGGAAAUUCCAUUCCCAAUUCGCAUAUUCAUCUAUAUGACCCGGACAAUAUUAAUAUCGCCUGCAGUAUUUUCAGGGACUUAAACAAAUAUAUUCGUGGAGAACUCAACGGCGAAAGAGAACUUCAAGUAAUCCAAUCCAUAAUUGGUUUCGCUUUAGAAAGAGAAGAACUCAGAGAUGAAAUUUUCGUCCAGUGCAUGAGGCAGUCCACAAAUAAUCCUAGCACAGAGAGUACAGAAAGAGUCUGGCUCCUACUUUGUCUUUGCAUAGUUUCUUUUCAACCAUCCAAAUUACUUUAUCGCUAUUUUGCGACUUUUCUUAAGAAGAAUCUGUCUCAACCUGGAAGGAUCAGCCAGUACGUGCAAUGGUGUUUGGAUAACUGCAAUAAUAAUAAAGUGUCUGUGAGGGAGCAUCCUCCAUCUUCAGUUGAAGUUGCAGCAAUGAAAAGAUUAGGUACAAUAGUGUGCAGAUUUUUCUUCUUGGAUGGACGUACGAAGGCAAUUGAUGUCCAUCCAACAGAUACAGCUGGUGAUGCUUCCAAAAAGUUGGCAGAACGUUUGGCUUUACGCAAUUUAGAUGGCUGGGCUAUCUAUCAGAGUCGUUCAGACGGAGAGGAACAUGUGCGGGCACAUCAUUACCUCUAUGACAUUAUUGCCCAGUGGGAACUGAAUCAAAAUAAAUUAGUUCCUUCAACUGGUUUAUCGACUUUGGGAAGACGAGGUAAUCAAGCAGUAAGUGGCGGAGAAAAUAGGUUUAUUUUUAAGAGAAGGCUCUUCAAAUCUAAUCGUGAACUUAGUCAAGAUCCCGUAGAAGUUAAUUUAAUGUAUGCUCAAGCUGUCCACAGCGUUGUGAAGUGUGAUGAUUUUCCAGUAACAGAAAAGGUUGCUUUACAGCUGGCUGGGUUACAGGCACAAGUAGCUUUAGGAAAUCCCAAAGACAAUAAUAAACUCGAAUAUUAUAAUGACAUUGACACAUAUCUACCAUAUAGGAUAAGUAGAACCAGAGGGGACGACGUAUGGGUCCCAAUUAUUGCUCAAGCUCACCGACAAUACGGUGCAAAUCGUUCUGAACUAACAGCCAAAGCUCUCUACCUGUCCUGUGUCAUGCAGUAUCCUCUUUACGGAACGACGAUGUUCCCGGUAACCUACCGAGGUUACUGGUCUUACGGAAACGCCUUAACAUUAGGCGUCAACUGCGAAGGUAUCAUGCUGAUUAAAAACGACGAUAAAUUCGUACUAAACGAAUUCCACUAUCAAGAUGUCGAAAGUAUUCUUUUGGAUCCCAGCGAUUGUUUCAUAACUAUUACAUUACAGAGACAAUUAAAUGAUAGUAAUCAUAAAUGUUAUGUAUUUGAAACAGCUCAGAAAAAUGAAAUAGGAUCGUUAAUAGCUAGUUACUGUCCUUCGUUAGCUGGUUGGCUUACCGAGAGUGAAGCGCCCUUAAAGAAAACCAAAUCUAUUACUAACGAGGAUAGAGUGAGGCUUUAUCACAACCUUGUCAACUGUAGACGAGCUUUGGUUGACCAUGAUAUACUUAGAAAACCGAUGGAUACAUCUGGAAACUUUCUACGAAAUACUUUGAGAAGGUUGAGCAAGCAUAAGCUGGAUAAGUUGAGACAAGAACACGGAGGGGACACUGGAGAGACUUAUAAAGGUUUUCAUUACGCUUUUUGGGCGUUUAGCAGACAGCCGUUGCCGCAAAGUAUUAGCAGGAUUCCAGAACCCGAUGAGCAGAUUAUGUUACAGGUCUUCCAGAUUAUUUUAACCUAUGCCGGUUUAGGACAAAAUGGUGAGGUUAUUAGAAGGGUCGAAGAUGAACAUGUCACACUUCUUCAAACUAUCCUAGAACGUUGUAUGAGGAAAGAAUCUCUUUUAUGUGAGCUAUAUUUGCAACUUAUAAAACAAACUACGGAUCAUCCGGAUCCCAAUUCCAGAGUUAAUUUACGACAUUGGGCGUUACUGUCGUUGGCCUGUUCUGUUGUUUUACCUCCCAAUAAAGCUAUACGCAGGUACUUAAUCGCACAUUUGAAAAGAUGCAGUUCAGAUUUUGUGACGGAAGAGGGAAAAUAUGCAAGGUUUGCCGAGAAAUGUUUGUCAAAAACGCAAGGAACAAGGAGACGACAGUGGCCACCAUCCCGGGAAGAAAUACUUUGUACUAUAAAUAGAAGACCUGUAUAUGCCAGAUUUCAUUUUAUGGAUGGACAAUACCAUUCUGUAGAAUUUCACCCGUCCGCUACAGCCAAAGACGUUCUCGAAGUAGUCAGAGACAAGAUUGGCCUCAGUGAAAUUGCAAAAGGUUAUGCAAUAUACGAAGUGCUCGGAAAUUCCGAACGCAGUUUAGCAGCGGAAGAGAAAGUAGCUGACGUUAUGGCAAAGUGGGAAAGAUACCGAGCAGCAACUACUGCGAACGCAAUAAACAAUGCUGGUACAGCGAAAAGAGCGAGACCACAACAUCAUUUCUUCCUUUUCAAGAAACAUUUAUUCAUGGACAAUUUCAUUAAUUUGAACGAUAACGUCGAAAAGGAGUUGUUGUACCAUCAAGUCCUACAUGAUCUGAGAACCGAUCGGUUUCCUAUUACAGACAAAGAAGCUAUGAUGUUGACAGCUCUUCAAGCUCAAUUAGAGCUCAGCGACUUAGGGGAUGUGAUCCACGACUAUAGACCUAUAGCUGCACAUUGCUUACCAGCACGCAUGGUACCUAUUUUACCUAACGAAGGAGUACAAAUGCAUCACCAGUCUUUACGAGGAAUGACACCUUCUGAAGCUAAGCAGGCGUUUUUGAAUCUCAUACAGAGCUGGCCUCUGCAUAAAGCUACAAUAUUUGAUGUAAUGCAAUCGUUCACUUCAAAUUGGCCCCGAGUUCUCUGGCUAGCCGUUGACCAGAAAGGCCUCCACCUCUUAGAGCACCGUUCGCGCAACGCCCUCUGCACGUACGAUUACAACAGUAUUCUUAGCUACUCACCCGCACUAAACUGCUUGAUGAUAAUCACCGGUAGCGACCGUAAACAAAGUAAAGUAAUUUUAACAACUGCGCAAGCUUUUCAAAUAGCUACUCUAAUAAGAGAGUAUACGGAAGAGUUGCACGGUCAUGCCAUGGAUCUCAAAAGAGCCGAGCAACAGCCGAAGAGCCGACCAAUCAGCGGACUACAUCAGAACGGUCCCUUGGUACCGCCUCAGCCCAGCUAG